AUGAUAGAAGAGGAUUCUGAAGAGGAAUUAGAAGAUUCCCCGAGCUCAGAAACAGAAGACGAUGAUACUCCAGAUGAUGAUACCGAGGAGGAGUCGAAUUCUUUGGACUCAGAUGCAGAAGAAGAUGAACCUACUCUAGACGAUUCUGAUGAAAAAUCGGAAGAUUCGUCAGAGUUGGAUGCAGAAGAAGACGAACCUACUGUAGACGAUUCUGAUGAAAAAUCGGAAGAUUCUUCAGACUCGGAUGCAGAAGGAGACGAACCCACUGUAGACGAUUCUGAUGAAAAAUCGGAAGAUUCUUCAGACUCGGAUGCAGAAGAAGACGAACCUACUGACGCUCUUGUCAACUGGGUGUAA